GACAACCAACAACGAGAGGUUCAUUAACGGCUUUGAACUACUAGACAAUAAGCAUUAAGAGGAAUCCCUCCUCACGCCCUUCGGAAGAAAAAGAAAUCAGCCUCCUGUGCGUAAGCAUUCCCACUUUCAAGUACAGAGACAUCAAACCAAAACGCCAUGCUCUCUCCCGCCGCAUCGUCUACCGCGCCACAUUCUUCCGAACCACGACUUGUCGAGAAAUGGUGGGUGCCGAUCUCACAGCGUUUGCUCGAGGAAGAAGGAACAGUAGAGGCCCGCAACGACGGCGAGGAGGCCGAAAUAGCGGAGUUGCUGGACGAAUUAGGAAUCUUGGAGCGAGAAGCAGUCACUUUUGCUACUAAGGUAGAGGCCGAAUUGCAGGUUUUGAAGGACUUGGAAUUGCAACGGAUCGAUUUGGCGCUGUAUUUUAUGGUGGGGAUGUUGUUGUAGUUGUGAUUGUUUGUAUUUACCUGUAGGUGUAGUUGUGAUUGUUUGUAUUUACUUGAUUCUUUUGUAUUUUUGUUUCCUAGUUAGGCGUGCUCCACCGAUAUUUACGUGUAGGUAGAAGACAUAGACAUGCGUAGUACAACUUUUUGCGCAUCAUGCACACGCUGGACCACGUCAUGAAGACCCUCCUUAUAGUAUAACAUCGUUUUUGCGGGAGUCUAGAUUCUCGAAAAGCUACCACUUUUCCUUAAUUCCUGUUCAUAACCACUCCGUUUCAUAGUCGCACAGAAAACGCAUAUGUGCGCACAGAUAUGGACCAAAGCCAUAGCAUCGGAAUUCGAAACUCACGCCUCUGUUCUCCCGAAAAAAUCACCGCUUCCGCCAGGUGCGACUAAAGGGGCAGUGACGAAGGUAUAGUUUUCUGUGAGUGUAGAACUUAGAGUCACAAAAACAUCCUGUACCUAUUGUGGCAGACUGGAAUAUGAUUUUUUCAACGCUAAAGCUAGUGGAUCACAUUUUUACAACACCACCACUUCUCAGCCUCUUGCUCUUGUAACUGCUGAGUCUCUAGCACCUAAAGCAACAGGGAAUAAGGAGACGGAUACAAACACGCUCCAAAACCGAAACGCAUCCAUUGUCGGCGAAAAUCUGCGACGACUCAGUUUACAGCAGGUAAAAAGCUACCACUGACAGUAGAAAUUUGAAUUAGCAGUUUUCAGGAGCAGAAGUUUCCCACAAACUAUACAACUAGUAAAAAUCACCGUCUAGUAUUAAGCGUACAAAUUCACUUACAUCAUCGGUUCAUCUCAUCUUCUCAGGUAAACCGCGCCAGCAUGCAAGCCACAACGCUAGACUGCGGCACUUCUGCGUAUGCCGCAACUGCUUCAGACCGUCUUAAGAGAAGAGGCAGUGCAAGUGGUAGUCGCAGACCCACUUUACUCGAAGGCAGCGAUUCUUCGGGUCCUCGAAGAGGAUCAGCAUCAGACUUCGGAGGUGCUCCUGGUAUCUCGAAUUAUGCGAGGAAGAUGUCAUCUGCAACAUCAUCUUCGCAUCAGCGUAACAGUACGAAGAGUGGCACAGCUAGUGGCUCCACUGAAAGUGGUGCUGGUGUUGGUGCUGGUUAUGCAACAGGAACUGCUGUUCCUCCGACUACAGGUAGGACUACAAGAGGCAUCUUGAAAAAGAACAACGAAGAUGUUGUUGAUCCCAGUGGUAAUCAUGCGAGGACUACUUCUUCAACCGGUGGUUUGGCUGCUCCUGAUGUAUCUUCAUCUACUUCAACAUCAGCCUUCUUCGAUCGUGGAGCACCGCUGAAAGUUCUCUCCAAUGAGGAAGCUAGACAAGCCGAUCUAGAACUGGAGAACCGGAAUUUGAGGAAACUAGAAAUUAAGGAUCAACUUUCAUUAGCCCUCAUUGGGGUUGGUCUCUGACAUCAAAGAGGAGACCCCCUAAGAGAACCAACAGGGGAAACCUAUUAAGGGAAAAGGCGGGAGCUCCUCUCUAAGGGGCUUCGUCGUCCCUUCAGCAUCAGUGACCAACGAAUUUCGACCUUUAAAGAGAAGAACGUCGUUGUUUGCACUGCUCUUCGAUCCAACUGCCAAAGACUGCUUGUGGACGAACAUCACAUGCUGCAAGUUGCACUGCUGGAGAUGGAUUCGUUCAUUUCAGCUGUGAGUACCAAUGUUUGCCGCAUGAGGGAGAUCCGAGACGUCUUUCAAGUGAACAUAAGGGAAAAGAAGCGGAAGAUUUUGUGCAAGCAAGAAGCAUUGGCCAGUCGAAGGAGGAUUUAUGAAGGACUUUUGUGAAUCUGAAACUGAAUUGAGGGGGACCGGGACGGACAUGAACACGGAUUGCAUGACUUCUCAAUUGCAUUUUUGAAUCGAUAGUAUUCUAGUAAGUAGCACUGAAGAUCAGUAGGGUCUUUGCAUGAUAUUUCUGAUUACCAAUACCGGCUACUGUGUUGCAUAAAAUUGCUCAGCUAACUGAGCAAAGACCUCUUUGCAUGACGUUUUUCCAAGUUCUGAUAGUCAAAGAAUAGAAAUUUCAUAAGAGAAUCUCAGACCCUAUGGCGAUGCUUCUUGCAAUCAUUUCCUAUGAGGGGAAUGAAGACGGAAGACGAAAAAGACGAAGAGAGAAAGGGAGAGAGAGAUUGUAAUCCAUAUGGCUUGCAUGUAGGGAAAGAAAAGAUAAUUUUCGGUUUUUCAUAUUAUCUAGGUCGGU